AUGACUCGGGCUCACUGUGUCCUCGCUUGCCUUUUCUCUUUGAUCCACUGUAGCAGCAGUGCGGACUCAGAGGAGCGUCUCAUGAACUGGCUGCUGGGAAAGGAUCGCUACAAUCCGCUGAUCCGCCCGGCCGUCAACAGGACCGAGAGAGUCACAGUGAAGCUGCAGGUGUCUCUGGCUCAGCUCAUCAGUGUGAAUGAAAGAGAACAGAUCAUGACUACAAAUGUCUGGCUCACUCAGCACUGGGUGGAUUACAGGUUAUCAUGGGACCCUGCGAAGUACGAAGGAAUCGACAAGCUGCGCAUUCCCUCCAGACACGUCUGGCUGCCAGAUAUUGUCCUGUACAACAACGCUGAUGGUACCUAUGAGGUAACAGUCUUCACCAACGUCAUCGUCCUUUUCAACGGCAGCAUCAACUGGCUUCCUCCAGCCAUCUAUAAAAGCGCCUGCAAGAUCGAGGUCAAGCAUUUUCCCUUCGACCAGCAGAACUGCACCCUCAAGUUCCGCUCUUGGACGUAUGACCACACGGAGAUCGACCUGAUCUUGAAGUCUGAGGUGGCCAGCAUGGAUGAUUUCACUCCCAGUGGGGAGUGGGAUAUCUUGGCGCUGCCAGGCAGACGGACUGUCAACCCUCUGGAUCCCACCUACGUGGACCUCACGUAUGACUUCAUCAUCAAGCGGAAGCCCCUUUUCUACACCAUAAACCUCAUCAUUCCCUGUGUUUUGAUCACCUCUCUGGCCAUUCUGGUCUUCUACUUGCCUUCAGACUGCGGGGAGAAGAUGACCCUCUGCAUCUCCGUCCUCUUGGCUCUCACUGUGUUCUUGCUUUUAAUCUCGAAGAUUGUUCCUCCUACCUCGCUGGAUGUGCCGCUGAUUGGCAAGUACCUGAUGUUCACCAUGGUGCUGGUGACCUUCUCCAUCAUCACCAGCGUGUGCGUGCUCAACGUACACCACCGCUCCCCCAGCACCCACACCAUGCCCUCCUGGGUCAAGUUGAUAUUUCUUGUCAAACUGCCCGCCUUACUCUUCAUGCGACGCCCUCACAAUAACUCUGCACGGCAGCGACUUCGCCAGCAGAGGUGUCUGCGGGCGAGGAGGGCCAUUCUGGGCUUGGGUUACCCAGUUGCAUCCAAACCAGGUAUCACCAUGUCAUCCUCUGCCCUGCUGUCUUCCGACUCUGCCUUCUCCACCCCAGGACACAAAAAUGUAGCUCCUCCACUAAGCUACAGCCACUCCAACAGGAAAGGGGACUUGCGCUCCACUGAUUACCUUCCCAGUAGUUUAACAUCUACGCAGGACCUCCAGCAGAGAAGCAACUCAGACUGGGCCGCUGACAUCCAGGAGGCGGUGAACGGGGUGCGCUUUGUGGCUGAGCACAUGAUGGGAGAUGAUGAUGAUCAGAGUGUGAUUGAAGACUGGAAGUACGUGGCUAUGGUGGUGGAUCGUAUGUUCCUGUGGAUCUUUGUGAUAGUGUGUGUGGUGGGCACCCUCGGCUUAUUUCUUCAGCCUCUCUUCCAGAAUCAGAUUCCUCCCAGCCAGCAGCCCAGCUCAGAAACACCUCGCAUAUGA